UAGUGAGCGCGGGAUUGACCUGACUCGGUUCGACAGGCGGGUGGCCAUGGAGCUGGAUGGACUGAAAUACGCGGAGCUGCAGCAGCUCGCCAAAAAGUGCGGCCUGAAGGCGAAUCUGAGGGCUGACAAGUUAUGUAAACUCUUGCAAGAGUAUUUCGAGAACCAGGCGACAGUCGACGCUCAUGUGCAGGCUUCAGAAGAUGAUAAAUGUAGUACAACAAUUUUAAAAGAAGGGGAUGACAUUUAUGUGACUAAACGACGGGGCAAGGGAAGGCUGUCAAAUAAAAGCAAGGGAAAGCAGAAAGAAAAUCAGAAUGAAUCUGGAAAUCAACAGGCAACUUCUGAAAUUGAACAACCUUCAAUGGUGGUCUCACCACUUUCAGAAAAUUGUCAGAACUUAGAGGGUUCAGACUCCAAGAGAAAACAAAGAAAACGACAUGCACAAUUUCAGCUUUCUACAGACAAUGAAAAUGAAAGAAUUCCUGAUGAGAAUGUUGCUGCAACUCAUUGCAGGCAUUUACCAACUGAGGAAGCAACUGUCACAUCUAAAGGGACUGCUGUUCAAUCAAAGACUCUUGGUCUAGCUAGCAAAAUUCCAUCAUACAUAGGAGCAGCUAAGAAAAGCGGAUUAAAGACUCCCAGCACUGGUAGAAGAACUGGAAUGAAACAUGCUACUCCUGACUGGAGGAAGAUUCAUGAAGCAAAUUUCAACAAAAUGGAGUCAAUUGACUCGUAUAUUGAACGGAAACGGAAACAUCUUGAAGUUUUUAGUAAUUCUAUCAAACAAGUGAAGAUGUUGGCUGAAAGUUCCAUUCAUCACAAAACAUCUGAAACACAGCGUCCAGGGAACAAUGUGAAGAAAUCACUGAAUGGACCUCAGAAGAGCUUGGCUUUGAUUAGCCCACUGCAACACACAAAAAAUAAUAAAUUAUCCACGCCCGCCAACCAAGCUAAGCUGCCACGAACCUCUGUCUUCAAACCAUCUGUGCACUCUGUUUCCAAAAUGAAUGUUCGCUUUACAGAAUGUACCAAAAAUACUGAGAAAAAGCACACUGCAAUGAAAACUCCAUGCAGAAUGUCACCAUACACAGAACCAUCCAGUGAUCUUGACACUGAAGAGGUGAAAAUAAACAUGGUUUCACAACCAAAGAAACUAAAGGACCAGAAAGAUGCCAGCUGUACAGAACAUACUCAGAGUAAAGUGGUUACUCCAUUCAAGUUUUCUAGCAAUGCCACUCCUGGAACCGGCAAAAAGUUCGACCUGCAAGCCAGCUUGUCUCGGCCUCUUGGAUACAAGCCACACAAAGGAAAAUUAAGACCCUGGGAGGACACCAGAGUAGCUGAAAAUAAGUCACAGAAUACAACGUUCUCUGCUCAGAAUUAUAAACAGCCAAAAUUGCAGACAAGGGAAAAUCGACGGGAGAAGUUGGUGGAAAAGAGGAAGGAGAUAAAGAACCACAUGAUGGGAGCAAGGCGAGGCUUGGUCAUGGAGUGAAGGAAAUCAACCCAUUGGUUGGUUUAUACUAAUACUUCCCUGUUUUUUUUAUCAACGUGGUCAUCAACCUUUUCGUUAAAAAGAACUUUUGUUUUCCCUUGUGUGUAGCACUGUAUACUUCAGCCUUUGGUUGAUGUGAUUUCAGUUUUGAAUCUGUAUGUAUUUUGCUGUUGGGCAUUUCUCACAGAAAUGAAUAUCAAUGUUUGAACUCCUGGAUUUCAAAUUUUGUUUUUAUCUUCUGUAUCCAGAACUUAGAUUUACAUUAUUGGUUGGGAAAGUAAAAGUGCCCCAUUAUGCAUAGAAGCUGACUUCCCUUCAGGAGUUCCAUUAGAUAUAUUUUAGCAUCUUUCCAGCAUUAAAAUCUCUCAUCCGCUUAGUUUUACAUUUGUUAAUUGUUGUUCAGAGAUCCGAUGUCUUGUCUGUUCAUUUUGUCUAGUUGUAGUUCAGUGCCACUGAUGUUUACUGUCCUGCAUUUUCUAUUCCAGGUUUUCAGCACUGGGGUUUAUUCCGCCCUAAUCAGUUGGAAGUAGAAUGUGCUCAAUUAUAUUUAAAGUUUGGAUCAUUUCUAACAAAAUCCUAAGAUCUGGGCUCAAAUAAAACCCCACUAAGAAAAGGCAGGACCAUCCAAGCUGAAUUAUGCAUUGUAGCUCUUUGCCAAUCUAUCCUGAUAGAUAUCAAUUAAAUGUACUAACUGUUGAUUGAUCUUUCUGAUUGUCAAAGCCAAAAAGUUUUUUAGAGUACGGAAACUGCUUCCCUGAAAGGAACUAGCUAAACAGGUGAUGGUACUUUGUACAUUACUACUUCAGUGCUUUCACUGUGUUUAGUACUCAGCUAGGGGAAAAAUAUUGAUAGCCACAGUCUGAAAUGAGAGCAGAAAAUGUUGGACAGUCUAAGACUGCUUCUCUCAAAGGAGGAUCAAGCAAUUUAGUAGUACUUCUUUCGGUUAAUGUCCUAUGAAAAGCUCAACAGUGUAAACUCAGAAUGAGAUGGCAGAGAUGUAACGUGACAUACAUGGUGGCUUCAGGAAGACAAACUGAGAGAAGUGAUAAUAGAGAAAUACUGCUAUCUUCUUUAGCAAUGAUAUUUGCCUCUUUUUAAGAAAUCUAUCCUGUUAUUGCAGUAGUAUUUUUGUAUGGUAAAAUGAAUAUUGGUAAAAUAAAACAUUCUGUAUUUGAUUGUGAAGGCUGGAUACCUACCAAUCCCACUGCCUUAGGAUUUUUUUUAAAUAUAAAUAAUAUUUGUAUUUCUGUUAAUGUUAUGACAUUCUACAUAGUAUUUCAGCUAUGUUGGCAAAGAUAUUUUGAUAUUGGGGGGGGCGGGUACAAAAAGGAGAUAAUGGAACAGAUAGCCAAUAAGGUGGGUUUUAAGCAGCCCUUAUUGUCCCAACUGCUAUUAAGUUUUUAACUUGUCUCCCCUCUAGCUAAGUAUCUUUCUUGCCCAUCAUUUGUAAAUGAUGUCCCUUUGUCAUUUAGCUGUCUGCUACUGGCAAGUGCUUCCUGUUUACCUUGCCUAAAUGUAAUCAAAGUUCAAUUUAUUAUUGAAGUACAUGUGUCACAAUAUACAACCAAAAUUCAUUUUC